GCACUGUCCACAGCGAUGGAACCUGUAACAAAGUGGUCUCCCACACAAGUUGUCGACUGGAUGAGAGGGUUGGAUGACGGUCUUCAGCAGUACGUGCAGAACUUUGAGCGAGAGAAGAUCGACGGCGAGCAGCUGCUGAAGGUGUCCCAUCAGGACCUGGAGGAGCUGGGCGUGGCACGCAUCGGACACCAGGAGCUCUUUCUGGAGGCCGUGGACCUGCUCUGUGCCUUAAAUUAUGGGGUGGAGACGGAUAAUCUGAAGAUGCUGGUGGGGAGGAUGCGGUCGGCGUCCAACAACCUGCACAACCUGGCGUCCGAGCGGAGGAGGAGCCCGGCGUACGACGGCGGCACGGCCCGCAAACCGCCCAACGAGUUCCUCACGGCCGUCGUGGAGCUCAUCGGCGCCGCCAAGAACCUGCUGGCGUGGCUCGACCGAACGCCACUCACAGGCAUCAGUGACUUCACGGCCACCAAAAACCGAAUCAUCCAGCUUUGCCUUGAGCUCACCACCACAGUCCAGAAGGACUGCACCGUUUACGAGAUGGAGGAGAAGAUUCUGGAAGCGUCCCGACUCCUGACCAGCGUCUGUGACCAGACCAUGAGAACGACCUCUGACCCUCUGAUGAAUCACAUGACCUGUCUAGAAGAGGUCACCAUCACCAACAUCAAGCCCGGAGAAGGACUGGGCAUGUACAUCAAAUCCACAUACGAUGGGCUCCACGUCAUCACAGGCACCACAGAGCAUUCUCCUGCAGAUCGAACGAAGAGGAUCCAUGCUGGAGAUGAGGUCAUCCAGGUCAACAGGCAGACAGUGGUGGGCUGGCAGCUGAAGAACCUGGUGUCCAAGCUGAGGGAGAACCCCGUGAGUGUGGUUCUCAUGGUGAAGAAGAGGCCCUCCGGCACCUGCAGCUUCACGCCCGCCCCCCUGAAGAACAUGCGCUGGAGGCCACCUGCUCCGCAGAACCUACCCUUUCCACGCACCUCUCAGGCCCCAAAGAGUUCAGUGGAGUCCCCUGUGAAGAAGGAGAAGCCGGCCAUUUUGGACCUGUACAUUCCCCCUCCUCCCAUGGUUCCCUACACCCCACGGGAUGCCAAACCAGUGGUGUGCACCGGCGUCAAGCUGAGGCCCAAGCGCCCGCAGUCGCCCAACUCGUGCCUCGACCAUGAGGGCCGGCGGCGGUUCACCAUCGCCGACUACGACGGCAAGCCUGCGCCCAGCCCCAUGGAGCUGCCCAUGCCCCAGGCCCGGAUGAGGCAGCGGACGCCCUCCAGAGGGAAGCCUCGGCCGGUGUCCAUGCCUGUAGACACUUGCCUGGGUCUGUCUGACUCGCCCUCCAGGCUGUGGCCCCAGGGAAGGACAGGUGAGAGCCCUGUGCACCGGUACCUUAGCACCGAGCGCAUCGCCACCAUCUCGGAGGAGGCGCCGUGCUUCCCGCUGCCCUACCGGCCGGCGGCGGUGCUGCGCGAGCGUCAGCUGAGCCGCGGCGUGGACCACAUCCGCGGCAGCCAGUGCUUCAUCAACGCCGACCUGCACAACAGCGCCACCAUCCCCUACCAGGAGGCGCUGGCCAAGAAGGCGCCCAAGCAGAAGCCCGCUCCGCCCUCGUCGUCCUCGUCGCCGUCCUCGUCUUCGUCGUCCGGCGAGCCGUCGCUGCUGAGCAGCUGGAUCGCCCGGCUCAAGCUGCUGACUUACUACUAUUUCUCGCUCAACAACUCGACUUCAUUUCUCCUGAAAAUAAAUGCGAAAAUGUCGGCUGUCAAUUUUAAUCGAAGGCUACGCAACAUCGUGAACUUCAAUAUCCACACCCUAAAAUAUUUCCUGCAGGUUGUCUCCCCAUCCAAGGAGACAUCUCGAGAGGCCCGACAUGAAAGACCAGUAAUGGGCUCAGUGCAUCGCAGCCGCCGGCUCAAGCCUAAGGGUAAUGCUGGGAUGAGUCGGCGUAAAGUGUCUGUGAAGGACCUCGGGCAGGGGGACUGCAAUGGGUGGCUUCACAAGAAGAAGGACGGCAAGGGCUUUCUCGGAACCCGAUGGAAGAAGUAUUGGUUUGUGCUGAAGAAAAACUCCCUGUAUUGGUACACCAACGAUUUGGCAGAGAAAGCCGAGGGAUACAUCAACAUAAGAGAGUUCACUGUCGAACAGGCCUUGGAGCACAAGAAGAAGCACGUGAUGAAGGCCAGUCACCCACAGGUCAUGACUCUCUACUUUGCAGCCGAGAGCAUCAAAGACAUGAACAAGUGGUUGAGUGUUUUCAAGGAGGCCUCCAUGCGCAGGAGUCCAACUCCAGCCAGUGAAGAUGACGUUAAUGGUUGCUACAGUGAAGCAAGUGACCACGAGGAGACCGACUCAGUAGAGGUGGCCUGCCAGCCUUACACGGAGGAGCUGACCGCUACCAGUAUUAACGACGAGCUCCCGCCUCCACGCUGCUCCUCUUCGCCGUAUCACCCCGUGGCGACGCACUCAGCUCCGCUCUGCGCCCCCUCCUCUUCCUCCUCCUCCUCCUCUGCCGCCGAGACGUCCGAGGCGACCUGCUCGGCCCAGAGCGAGUCCUGGCUGGAGAUCAGCACUACGGGGCUGCCUGCCCUCAGCCUCCCCCAGAAGGAGGAAGAUGGACCCCCGCAGGAGCAGCAGCCGCAGCCGCCCUCCACCGGAGAGGAUGAGAUGGAGCAGCUGUACCUCCACCUGAAGCAGGCCCGCCUGACCCCGACGGGGAACCUGCAGCCCGCCUCCAAACGCGACUACAGGGCCUCCUUCAUCAGACGCUGCCAGGACGAGGUCGUCAACGAGAAGCUGCAUUAUGUCAGGACUCUCAACAGUACUUUGAAGUCUAAAGAGGCAGAUCUGCUCUGUAUAGAGCAGGUGCUGGCUGACCCCUGUCUCAGUGCCUACAAGUACCGCGAGUGGAGAGAGGCCAACGUGCUCCUUCUCCAGGACAUUGCCCAACGCAGCCAGCCACCAACAGGGCGGCGCCAGAGUCCCACAGGGACCGAACCAGCACAGGACGCCACCCAGACCUGCACAACCACGGCCCCCAGCACCACACCCUACUACGCAGAGACCAGCGUGUGAGCCGUCUGUGGAGUGACGUUUGAGGUUCUCAGGAAGUGAGUCCUGCUGAAAAUGGUGAGGAAGCAAGUCGGACUGGUGGUGAGAGUGCUAAAGUAUCAGUCUGGCAUGUGUUUGCCCACCACUGGAUUGGAGAAGUGUUAGCGAGUGCUAUGGAUGGACUGGUGGUUAAAAAGUGAUCUAUACUUUGGGUUGAAACCUCUGCCUGGAGCUUAGAUGUGUGGCUGGAGUCCCAGUGUUUAGAGUGGCCUCUGUGGCCUGCCCAGCACUUUGGGAUUGCAGAUGUCCAAUUUGAUCUCUGCACCAAGUUUCGAGCGCCAAGUAUUUCUUUUAUCCCCCACAUGGUAUUGUAACGUGCCGUGGGUGUGAAGGCAGGCCAUUUCUGUAGUUUUUUUUAAACCCCACUUUUAAAUACACUUAUGUAGAGUUAUGUACAGAUCGUAAAACAUUUGACCAGUGUCCGUAUCAAAGUAGUUUGAGUAUUUGUACUGGAUGAUUAGUUUGUUAUUCCACUGGGUUUCGUUUUGGCUGAAUUUAUUUGUUUUUGACGUAUAUUUACAUGUUUGCAGAUGCAUCAAACAUACAAAAUAAAUAUGUUUUCACUAUGGUUAGGGAGUUUCAUAGACAUACAUCAUCUGGAACUCCUCGAGUCUAGUGCCAUACAGUAUGGUGGCAUGCAAUAUGGUGUUUAAUGGGAAAUGUCCAUUCAAAUACUCAGAAAUAUCUUGGAUUUUAGGCAAUAUGUGAUUUUAACUUGAGUCGUCUUUUAAAUGUUGCACAUAUUUUAUAUAUUUUAAAUAGUUGUAUGUACAUGUCAUAGAUGUUGUGUAUAUAUUGCCUUCUCUGUACUUUGUUUGUUUGUUUGUUUGUUUGUUUGUUUUGAUUUUAAUAUGUAUUGUGUACACAAAAUGGGAAGGAAAUAAAUGACUGGACCAUAAA